GAGUGACGCAGCUCCGGAUCCACCAGCGCACCCACACUUUCCGCUCGUACCAGUGCGACCUGUGCAGCAAGACGUACGGGUCCCUGACCGGCCUCCAGUCGCACCGGGCCAGCCACGGCGCCGAGAGCCGCUUCCUGUGCCCGCAGUGUGGCAAACGCUUCAAGACUCGCGACGGGCUGGAGGGCCACCUGCGCACGCACAGCGGCGAGCGGCCCUACCGCUGCCCCUACUGCCCCAAGGACUUCACCGCGCUCGCCGGGCUCAACGUGCACGUGCGCCGGCACACAGGGGAGCGCCCGUACGUGUGCACGGUCUGCGGGAAGGGCUGGCCGUCGGGGGGGGACCUGCAGAAACACAUGAGGACUCACACCGGGGAGCGGCCCUACGUGUGCCAGGAGUGCGGGAAGGCGUUCUCCAUCUCCUGCCACCUCACCGAGCACCGCCGCAUCCACACCGGAGAGAAGCCCUUCUCGUGUCCUGAGUGCGGUAAGUGUCUGAGGAGGAAGUUCGAUCUGAAGAAACACCUGUUGUCUCACAGCGACGUCCGUCCCUACGGCUGUGGCGUCUGUCCCAAGAGCUACACCCGCAAAACCCACCUGAACAGACACCUGCUGAGCCACCGGGGGGGGGCCGGGGGGGGCGGGGGGCCUGGGGGGGCGGAGCGACCGGCGGUGGACAACACCUGA